AUGGACGUGGUUAACAGCCUUACUGAAAUCGAUAGUUUCAACCCAAAUGUUCAAGAAUUGCUGUCUUUGACUACCCAUGUGGGAUUUUCUGAUCAUAAUCGUCAACAAUCUCAAAUCCCAUUUAGUUUCAGUAAUGAUACAUCCCAUAAUCCUAAUGCCAACCAUCAUCACCAUCUUCAAGUUCCACUAGAUUUUGAGUCAGCAGCUCAAUUCUUUCCUCAAGGGGGUGUUCCAAUCAGCCAUGGAUGCAACGAUAGUAACUCAUUGUCUGAACCAGACUAUCUGGCUAAUUCGUCUUCUCGUGGUUCUGCAAGUGCCGGAAUUCCUGUAAACAAGCCUAAAGGAACUUAUAACUAUGGGGAAAAAAAGCGAAAAAGAAGUAAUGGUAAGGAAACGGAGAAGCCAAAAGAAGUUGUUCAUGUACGAGCAAAGAGAGGCCAAGCAACUGAUAGUCACAGCCUGGCCGAAAGGAUGCGAAGAGAGAAAAUAAACCAGAAGCUCAGAUGUUUGCAAGAUCUAGUACCAGGAUGUUACAAGUCUAUGGGAAUGGCAGUCAUGUUGGAUGUAAUAAUCAAUUAUGUCCGCUCUUUGCAAAAUCAGAUUGAUUUUCUCUCCAUGAAACUGUCUGCAGCAAGUCUAUUUUAUGACUUCAACUCGUUGGACAUGGAUGCCGUACCUCCAACCCAAGCAUGUGCUAAUUUCCCAGGACCUCCUGGGUGUGAAGCGCAAGGACUAGAGAAAAUGGUGGGAGAAGGAUAUGGUGAACUUCCUCAGUUUCAUACCUCUUGGCCUCUUUGACUUAAUUAACUUGCAAUGAAAUAAUGUAUCUUUGUAGUGUUUGAUCCUGUAGAUCGUUGUUACCGAGUGAUCUUUUUUCCCUGAUUCCACACUUAUUGUGACCCCCAAUCCUUAUACUUGUAGUGAUUGAAAACCCCAUACAAUAAUGCUUUAACUAUCGAAUGUAGUGUUUCACCUUUGUUUGUUUUCUUCAUAUUUUUACCACCAAAUU